GUCAAGUUUCACACCGCGCCGCGACACGAGGCGUGUUUUCCUCAGUGUUUAUUCAAAUGCCGUGUUAUUCGCUCGGAUGCAGAACGUAAAAAAUAAGUGAUUCAGUGCAAACGUGUUUUAUCGUGUCAAAAUAUAUUUUAUUGCGGAAACCAGCGCAACACCUUUCAUUCGAGAACAUUCCAACGUUACACGAUAUUAUAAUAAUUAACACACCCCAGAUCCAAGUCACUUCACCAGGAACAAACCAAAAAAUGGUACAAAGGGUCAUAUCUCAAGUCCCCGACACAGCAAAAAGAGAAGACAGGUUCGAGGAGCUAGUCGGCCAGUUCGGAAAAUGGCAGAUGCUCAUCAUAGGAACAGUAUCUUUGGUAAAACUCUCCUCAGGAUGGGUACAAAUGGCAAUUCUAUUCCUGACUCCAAAACUAACAUUUUGGUGCUCUAAUUUCGCAAAUACUUCAAGAAUUGUCGAAAAUAAUACGUGCUAUGCCGAUUGUGUUAAAUAUGAGUAUGAUGCUAGCCCAUUUGAUAAUACUAUAGUGUCGGAAUGGGAUCUGGUGUGUGAUAGGAGUUGGCUGGCCAGUUUUACACAGAUGAUACUGCAGUUGGGGAUCCUGAUUGGGAGUAUUUUGUUCGGAUUUCUUUCUGACAGAUACGGCAGAAAGAUAACAUUUCUAAUAUCCAUAACCGGAGUAAUCGUGCUCGGGUUCGGCGUCCCCUUCUCCCCCAACUACACGGUGUUCACCGUCCUGAGGUUCUUCCUGGGCAUGGCGACGGCUGGCACCAUGGUCGUCUCCUUCGUCAUCAUCAUGGAAGCUAUCGGCUCCAAAUACAGGGGAGUCGUGGGCUGUUUGUUCCAGGUUCCUUUUAUCAUUGGUCACAUAACAGUUCCUCUCUUCGCAUACUUCUUCAGGAGUUGGGACAGUUACAGCCUAGCGCUGGCUGUGCCCCCCAUUAUAUACCUGGGCUACUUCUUCCUGCUCUCUGAGUCUGCGAGGUGGCUCGUCAGUGUGGGAAGGCUGGACGAAGCCACCAGAAUCGUCAAGAAAGCUGCUCUUAUAAACAACCUCCCAACAGCGAAAAUCGAGGACACGAUAAAAAAGAUAUCGCAAGACAUCUCUUCAUCGGACGCUCCUAAGCAGAACUACUCGGCGCUGUUCCGAAGAUCGCUGCGGCUGAAGACAGCGUGCACGUGCAUCAUCUGGCUCAUCACUGGCGUCACGUUCUUCGGUUUUAACCAGUACAUCAGUCAGACCAGCCCAGAUCCGUUUGUGAGCGUCGCUGCUGCUGGGGCUAUUCAGAUACCGUCAAACUUCAUAGCAAUCUGGCUGAUCAGUGCUCUCGGCAGAAGAAACACCACAAUCGUCUUUUGCAUGUUCGGAGGUGUCUGCGCACUCGCCCUGGCUCUCGUUCCCAACGUGUUCUGGAUUACCUUAACCCUCGGGACCUUGGGAGUCAGCGCUGCUGCUAUUGUCGCCACCACAAUCUACAUUCACACCACGGAGUUGUACCCAACAGUGGUCAGGAAUAUGGCGAUGGGGGCAUGCUCCACGUCAAUGAGAGUCGGUUCCAUGAUAGCUCCAUUUAUUUCCAAUUUAUCAGUAACUGUAUGGUGGCUUCCUACUUUGAUAUUUGGUGUGGCUCCAAUUUGUGGAGGAUUGAUAUGUUUUUUACUGCCGGAGACGAAAGGCAAGAAUCUGCCUGAUAGUUUAGAAGAUGUUAGCAAUGGUUGAUGAAGGAAUUAAGUGAACAAUAUAGAUAAGUGAGAUUAAUUAAUUGCUAAUAAAGACGUUACUAAAAUGUUUAUUUUCCGGACAAAUUAAUAUAAUAGAAUCCAGGAUAACAAAGAUUUGAAAGUAUGAAUGUCAAAUUAUAAAAUGACAAACGUUUUAUAAAAUAGAUCGCUAGUUACAUAUGUCAUUCUUUAUGUAUAAUAUUAUUAUAAUUAUACAUCUUUAUUAUAAGCAUAUACAGGUAAAACUGUCCGUCUGUGAUUGUAGUAAUGUUAAUAAUAGGCUAAGAAUAAAAUAUUACAAGUUUUA